AUGGACCGAUGCCCUGUCGAGCUCUGGUCUUCUAUCUUCUCCUUUGCCUGUACCGACGGCGGGAGCACCGGACGCUCGCUCGCCCUCGCUGCUCGCUGGACGAACAACCUUUCCCUACCAUUCCGCCUCCAGUCUAUCUCUGCCACAAACACCAAACAAAUCGUAUCCCUUGCAAACGUCCUCGACAUGGCACACCCCACCCACCGCCGUGUACGUUCUCUCGUGCUCUCCAAC